CAAUGCUUUCUCGCUUCAUCUCCAAAUCUUCACACUUCCAGCGUUUUCGAUCCCUAAUUUCAUCACAAGCCCACAUCUUAAGUACGAAACCCAUAUCACCUAAACCCUCGUUUCCAGUUUUCACCUUCCGUUUAUCCUCCCAAACCCUCAAUGUUUCUUUUUUCUCCACAAAUAGAAAUGGCAAUGGAAACUUUGGUGACAAUUCAGCAACCUCAACUUCACAUUUGUGGGAGCUAAACUCAGAAAUUGAUCAAGAUAUUGACUCUGUGUUUUCUGUAGAGUCUGGAACUUUAGAGGGCAUCCAUGAUCAAAAUGCUGACGAUAGGAUAGAUGGUAUGUUUAAAGGGGUUGAAGAAAAGGGCGGAAAUGAAGGGGAGAGUGAUAUAUUUAGAAGGGCGGAGGAGAAGAUUGAUGGUGGAGGCCAGGUCUGGAACACCGCGGAGGAGAAUGAGCCGUGGAGUUUCGCUGCUGAGGGAAAUGAUGGUGAAGAUGAGGAUGUAUUUGGUGUUGGAGAGGAGAAAGGAGAAAUGGGGUUGAGUGGCUUAGAAGGUGUCAGGGAGGUGAGUGUCGGAAGUGAAAGAGCGCCGAGAAGAAGCAGAUCGAAGUUGAAGAGAAGGCUCUCACUGCUCAGGGCCGUACGUGUGUUUCGUGAGGCUGAGGCGAAUUUUAGAAUUUGA